UGCAGUCCCCUGUAGAAAGACUUAGCCAACAGCUAGCAAACAAUCAUUUCCACCAGGAGAACAACUCUCCUUUCGAAACAAGAUUAUCAAAUCUUAGGGAAAAACCCGUGCCUGGGAUAAAAUGAAGAAGCGGAUACACUUUGGUUUUCUCCUGGUUUAUUCUCUAGUCUCGUAUUUUUCGUUGGGCUCGGCGUUUUAUCUUCCGGGUUUAGCCCCAGUGAGUUUUUGCGAAGACGGCAAAGGUGGUGAAGAUUGCCAGACAGCGAUUGAGCUGUUUGUCAACCGGUUAGACUCUGUGGAGUCAGUCCUGCCUUACGAGUAUGAUGUGUUUGACUUUUGCAAAGAUGUCAAAGAGAAGAGGCCGUCUGAGAACCUUGGACAGGUGCUGUUUGGUGAACGAAUUGAGUCUUCACCAUACAAGUUUAACUUCAAACAAGAUGUGAAAUGCAAGGCAGUGUGCACAAAGGCCUACAAGAAAGGCAACCAGGAGGAUGCGACCAAACUGGAUUUUCUCAAGAUGGGAAUGCAGUUGAACUACCAGCAUCACUGGAUCAUUGACAACAUGCCAGUGACAUGGUGCUAUGAUGUGGAAGACGGACAGAAAUACUGCAACCCAGGUUUUCCAAUUGGCUGCCUUGUUACCACAGACGGCAGAGCUAAAGAUGCUUGUGUAAUCAAUUCCGAGUUCAACAAGAAGAACACAUUUUAUGUGUUCAACCACGUGGACAUCAGGAUCACUUACCACAGUGGAGCGUCAGAAGGAUGGAGAGGGGCUCGGCUAGUUGCUGCAACUCUUGAGCCCAAGAGUAUUAAACAUGCAGAUGAAAAGAACCCGACCUGUGAAGGAGGUAACCCAAUGGAGGUCCCUGGGGAGUUUGACAGUGAUGUGUCUGUAGUCUAUACAUACUCUGUCACAUUUGAGGAAAACAAUGAUAUCAAGUGGGCCUCUAGGUGGGACUACAUCCUGGUCUCAAUGCCUCACACCAACAUCCAGUGGUUUAGCAUCAUGAACUCCUUGGUCAUUGUCCUCUUCCUGUCUGGCAUGGUUGCCAUGAUCAUGCUGAGAACUCUGCACAAGGACAUUGCCAGAUACAACCAGGUGGACCAGGCAGACUUGAUAAAGCUUCCCUCGUCCAAGGAAAAAUCCUCAGUUCUCUAUGAGGAUGCACAGGAGGAGUCGGGGUGGAAGCAGGUGCACGGGGAUGUUUUCCGUCCCCCAAGGAAAGGCAUGUUGCUGUCUGUAUUCCUCGGACAGGGCACACAGAUCUUCAUCAUGACCUUCAUCACUCUCUUCCUGGCCUGUCUUGGUUUCCUGUCUCCUGCCAACAGAGGGGCUCUCAUGACAUGCUCUGUGGUCCUCUGGGUGCUGCUGGGAACACCUGCUGGUUAUGUGUCUGCUCGUCUUUACAAAACUUUUGGAGGUGAAAAGUGGAAGACGAAUGUGUUGCUGACAGCGCUCUUGUGCCCAGGAAUUGUGUUUGCAGACUUCUUCCUGAUGAACCUGAUCCUUUGGGUGGAAGGGUCCUCAGCAGCAAUCCCCUUUGGCACUCUGGUGGCCAUUUUGGCUCUGUGGUUUGGAAUCUCAGUGCCCCUCACCUUCGUCGGUGCCUACUUUGGAUUCAAGAAGGCUGCUAUUGAGCAACCUGUGCGAACAAACCAAAUCCCUCGUCAAAUUCCCGAGCAGUCAUUUUUUACAAAGCCCAUUCCUGGUAUUGUAAUGGGUGGUAUCCUGCCAUUUGGUUGCAUCUUCAUUCAGCUUUUCUUCAUCCUCAAUAGCAUUUGGUCUCAUCAAAUGUACUACAUGUUUGGAUUCCUGUUCCUGGUUUUCAUCAUUCUACUCAUCACCUGCUCUGAGGCCACAAUUCUACUCUGCUACUUCCAUCUCUGUGCUGAGGACUACCAUUGGUGGUGGCGCUCCUUCCUGACCAGUGGCUUCACAGCAGUCUAUCUGUUUAUCUAUGCUGUGCAUUACUUCUUCUCCAAGCUACAAAUCAUUGGAGCUGCCAGCACCAUCCUCUACUUUGGAUACACUUCGAUUAUGGUCCUUAUCUUCUUCCUCUUCACAGGUACAAUCGGCUUCUUCGCCUGCUUCUGGUUUGUAAAUAAGAUCUACAGUGUGGUCAAGGUGGACUAGAGGACCAAGGGAGAGACUGACGCCUUGCUGACGCAGUACCGGUCGCCCUCAGAGCUGGCUGUGUGAUUAAGUGGUCCAAGUGGACCUGAACUGAAACCAUCACUUAUCAUAGAAAAGACCUGAAGAGCAGAGCCCGUCCUCUUUUGUGCUUUAAACUUAUGUUGCCGUUUUCUUUUAAAAAGUAUAUAUAAUUUUGUGUUCACUGUCGAGCAGUAAUAUUUUGAGUGGCUCCUUGAAAAUCAGUGUGGGUUCCAAUGGUCUAGCUGUUCUAGUUUGUUUGGGUGGGUUUAACAAGAAGAGGUGAAAUGUUUUUAUUUAAAUUUUCUAAAGGCAGUAAAAUGUUCUGUAUUUUGCUUUUCUAUUCCCUUAUGGCUUAAUGUUUUGUUUUUCAUUACAUGUACUGAUGAUGAAAAAAAAAUGUGUGUACAUAAUACUGUAUAGAGAGUGAGCGAGAGAAUGCUACUUAAAGAUUGUCACCAUAAUGAAUCCUUCUGUAGUUUUCUUUCUUUUUUUAAGGCAAACAUGAGGCAAUGAAUCCUUCAUUAACAGCCUGUUUGUAGGUCAGACAUUCUAUAAAACACUGACUUUGAUAUGAUAACAUGUCCAUCGUUUUGUAUUUGACGGCUUGCUACAUUUAAGCUUGUAUAGAAAUAAGCACUGCUGUAUCAUACAAUAUUAUGUUACAGUGUGUUGUAUAUGAAGGAUCAUUUUUCAGUGACUUGAUGAUUUUGUUUUUACAACAGUAGGGAUCAUAGUAAACUUCUUUCAUCAAUAAACUGGUCAGGUACAUGUGUACUGUUGAGAUUCGCAGAUUGAGACGUCAGCCCUGUCACUGUUCUGAUUGGUUUCCCUCAAUUAAUAUGAUGCAAGUCAACCUGCUCAUCAGGUCUUUGUCCCAACUGCCAAUAAAAAAAAAUUCCAAGUUAAA